AUGGCCACUCGCCCGGAUGUACUCCACAUUUGGCAGACUAUAAUCCCUCAGUCAUGCUACGAAAAUGACUUUGUUCUUCACGGCAUCUUAGCCCUGUCUGCAGCACACAAAGCCUAUCUUCUCUCAGGCAAUCGACAACUCUAUCUCAAUCUAUCUGACUACCAUUUCAAUAUUGGGUCAGAAACCUUCCGCUCUCAACUUUCAGACGAGGAUGAGCGCAAAAGAAAUCAGAAACCCCUAUUUCUGUUCGGGGGCGUCGUCAUCAUACACAUCCUGACAUCAACGUUGCGUACGCACAAUUCAGAAUCGGACGCCAUCGAAAACCUAGUCAGGUUAGCACGAGCUAUAAAAGGGUUUCGUGUCAUCAUAUUCUCAUGUCUCUCAUGGAGUGCCAUGACCGACCUGGCCGCGUUGGACUCUGGAUCUCGACCGUUCACGUCGAAGGAACUCGGUGAGAUGGAUCUCUCAAUACGGAACACAAACCUACCUUGUGAUAUCCUAGAGGCUCUUGAGGAUCUUCAAGCAUUUCAAACAAAAGAUGCUCUUCCUGAGCCAGAAAGUCCCUAUGAGAAGGCUACAUUGGGCCUUACAGAUAUCGUCAAGACCCUGGCAGCCUGCGGCGUGUUCUCAGAGGCAGGCAUUGUCCUUCGCUGGCUCUACUUUCUUGAUGCAGACAUUCUGGCAGACAUAGAGACGCUACAGCCCUCGGCUCUGUUACUUGUCGCUUAUUUCGCGGUGAUUCUGGCAUCCAUGGAGAAGACGGUAUGGUAUCUCAACGGCUGGGGCGAAGCAAUCAUCAGACAGGUGGAUCAGCUACUGCAAGAGGACUCAAAGGAGAGGAGCAUUUUUGCAUGGGCAAAACAGCAAAUGCCACAUAGAAUACCUUAG